UCAAUCAUGGAGGAGCAGCAGGGCUUGGCGGCUCGGUCCGCCGACGUUGUGUCCGUCGGUAUAGAGCUCAACAAAUCCAUCCACUUGCAUAAAAUCAACCAGAAGGAGCCUCUGCAAACCGUGAUCGAUACAUUGAGGGCCAACCUAUAUCUUCCGCAAACGCAAAAUUACGCUCUGCAGUUUGACAAGCGCAACUGCUUUGUGACAGAGGCCAAUAGGCACAUGAUUAAGGAUGGUGAUGUCUGUCUGUUGGUAUACGCGCCUGAGGUAUUGGUGACCACCAUCCUAGCCAGGCUGAACGAAAAAUGGGCUAUGGCAAAAUUGCUGGAUUUUAUAGGCGACUCCUCUUUAGUAGAAAACUUGGAGCUCCAGGAUGGUGUUUCGAAGAUAGUAGGAAUUUUGCAGGAUGACGAUCUUUUGCCUGAAGUUCAAGAAUUAGCUUUCCAGGUUGUGGCAGAGCUUUUGAAACAGGACAAGGUCCCAUUAACUUGGAUGAAGGAUAGACUUCUAAAUAGGGUGAAAAGUCAGGUGUCCGGAGAGUUUGUAUCCUCAAAUAAAGCCCUGGCUGCCUGUCUGCGAAUUUCCGUAGCACUUCUAGAGCAGGGCGCAGAGCAAGACGACCCUGUGCCGUGGGAAGCGUUGGUCAAUCACCUGGAAAAUAGCUCUGCGGAAGUUGUCGGAGCUGCCCUGCGCCUUUUUAACGCCUACGCCGCCAAAGACAGUGUGCCUGAGCGAAAGGUGCUCCUGAGAGCACGCGACAUUUUGGGCACUCGACUUCAGGGUUCUGGCUGGCCAGGUGAUGACCUCGAGCGGCAGCUGACCUCCUUUCAGAGCAGACUGAUGGUGCGGCUGGUGAAAAAAUUUGAGAGCCCUGCCAACUCCGAGGACGCAAAGGUUCAGCGCCGCCUCAGCACCCUGACGCAAGGUGACGAAGGGCGCGAGCUGAAAGACACUUUUACCGAAACAACCUUACGUUUGCUGUCCGAGUUUGUGGUGCCACCAACCGAGUCGUCACCACCAAGUCUUUUGCUGCUCGACUGCCUGACACACAGCGUCCGCUGCCAACUGCACAACCUUUCAGACAAGUUUAUGAACGAUCAACCUUUUCUUCAUCUUUGCCAGCAACUUGUUACAAUGCAGAUGGAAGCUUUGGGAAUGUUGUCCAAAGACCAUUCCAAAUUCCAUUUCCACCCAGUUCUGUUUUGUGAGAGAGCCUUUGAAGAGAUGUUCUGUGCCUGCAUCCGCACACUGAACAAGACUUGCAAAGAGAUGCGAGCCAAAGGAGACGACCUUCCAAAAAUAUUGCGGGUGCACGCAAAGAAAAUGCAACUAGCCUUGCAGACUAGACCUGUGAAGCUUAAAGAAUAUGAAGAUGCUUUGAGCUGCAUUUCUUAUAAUCAGGUUUGGGAGGUUUGGCAUGAGGAAGAACAAAUGAAGCAGGAACAAAUGUUUCGAAACAAGCAUUCCUUCCUUGAGUUAAGGGAGCAGCUAAGACCGCAGUAUGAAGAAAUGGUCAAACUCCAAAGACUGAAGGUCAUGACUGCAGGAAGUACCUUCAAGAGGUAUUCCUCAAAAGGUCAUCAUCUUAUGAGAAGCAACAAAGAGCGUUUAGUGACUGUCAAGUAUUCACCAAAAAACAAAUCAUUUUUAUUCACUGACGCGGAUGAUGAGGACUUUUGGAUUCAUCUGUCGAAUAUAAAAAAUGUCCUGACUGGGCAAAAUUGUCCUCAUGCCAAAAUUCGGGUAUCAAAACACAGCCCAGAGUUUGCUCUCUCCAUCAAUCUAAACAUUGCCGACCCCGAGUUCCUCAAUCUGGGCGCUGCUUGUGCUAAAGAGCAGGACUAUUGGUCAGAUGGAAUCAGAAUGCUAAUGGCAGGCCAAAGCAUGCAAAGUGAAAGCUAUACAAAGGAAUUGCAAGACUUGCUGGAUAUGCAUUUAAAAGUGCACUUCCUAGGCUUGGAGGCUUUUGACUUCCCUGAUGGUCCACCACCGGAGAUUCCAGAAAUACCAUUGUUUUUAAAUGUCCACUAAGUCCGCGGCUGAGCACUUUUUAUAUCAGAGACAGAGAGAUGAUUCGGAAUCGUGGAACGGCGGUGUCAGGACGGGGCCUUCAGGGAGUUCUGCAGAUGGUUCGGCGCUCCCGCAAACAUGUACUUAAGUUUGUAGGCUUCAGCAACAAUGACACUGACCUCGCUGUUGCUCCAGUUCGAAGUUGGCAGGUUUUGCAAAAGCAGCAACAAACUCUAAAAAUAUUAUUUUAAUAUAUUUUGUAGACUUUUUAAAUAAUAAUAUUAUAAUAAUAAAAGAAUUUGAUAAAUUUCGAGAUAAUUACCUGAAAAUCUCUUUGUUCGAGAAGCUCUCUUCGCCAGUGGAGCAAAAAUGCUGCACAGACGUAGAGUUGAAACAUUGCAAAUCCAUCUGAUUCGGCAAGAUAAGUGUCCCAAAGUCUGAUGGUGCAGUGGAG